AUGUCGUUGUGGAGUCUAAUACUGUUACAUUUCCUCUUCUGUGAUGUAUUACUGGGUGAUUCAAUUCCCCGAUGGAAAAUAUACAAUGGUACCUAUCUGAAGUACACUACAAAAUGGCCAUCAGCAGCUGUUAAUUCAACUGUCUUGAAGACAAUCCCACGUGACGCUAAUAUCACCCAUUUAUAUAUAGUGGACAGUGGUUUAGUCAACAUUACACAGGAAAGUUUUAAAGGGUUAAUACACCUAAAGGAACUUGACUUGUCUCAUAAUCCAGUGAUGUCCAUGGAGAAUAAUUCCUUUGCUGAUCAGGGAUAUCUGUUAAACCUGUCUCUUGCAAGAAAUGCUAUCUUUUUGGAGUCUGGCGGCGACUGCAGUCGUUGUAGUUUCAAUCCCCACCCUAAUGUGUUCAAGGGUCUGACUAACCUAACAAGGUUGGAUCUUACAUUGACUGGUGUUUGUAAUGUCACAAAGGAGUUGUUUACACACCUCCGUAGUCUACAGUCUUUGCUACUUGGCAGUAACUGUUACAAUGAGUUCACUGAAGAUACAUUUGAUCACUUGAGGAAUCUGAGAUUGCUCAACCUUUCCGCUACUCUAAUAGAAAGUUUACCCAGCGGAAUCUUUUCAAAACUGACCAAUCUUAGAGCUUUGUACAUAUCACCGAGCAAACUUAAAGUUAUUCCCAAUGACGCACUUGCUCCUGUGCCGUUGAAUAAACUUUAUAUCGGGGGUAGGUUCACUCAUGUGGAGUUUGAUGACAAUUUUUCCAACAAAAUUCUGCAAACUGUGGCUAUAAAUGCAUGUAUGACGUCUAAUACACCAUUUGCGCAUACUUGCGGUUUACUGAACAUCACUCAAACAUCAUUCAGGCACCUCACAACUAAGCGUUUUAUUCAUCAUCAACUACUUGGGCUUGAUUCAGUAGGAAUCAAAACUUUGUUUGCCUAUCCUCCUAGAGCUACUUAUGUGAUGGUCAACUACGGCCAUGGUUUAGCUGGUAAAUUUCUCACUCCUGAUCUCUUCAAAGAAAGUGCCGACAUCAUGACAAAAAUGGAGACAUUCGAUUUGGGACAUUUGAAUAUUAUCGGCAUUAAGAAUAACACGUUUUUAAACUUCAGUAAUCUAAGAAUACUUACACUGGCUAACAACGAUCUGAUUAGCAUCAACAUCGAAUCAAAUGCAUUUAUGGGACUUUCAAAACUUGAGAAAUUAUACCUUGACAGUAAUUCAUUGUCCACCGUACCAACAUUGCAAGGAAUGAGUAGUUUAAAGAAGUUGCAUUUGUCGGGAAACCAGCUGAAUCCAGUUAUAAAAAAUUCCACUUUUAAGGAUGUUCCAAACCUGGAGGAGCUCAGUCUAGCUAACUCGCAUAUUGGUGAUUCAACUUUAAACGGUUUAGUAAACUUGUCCAGUUUAAUAUCGCUGUACUUGUCUGGCAACAAUCUUAACUAUCUCCCCAAAGUGGUUCAUAGCCUGUCUACCAUGACCAAACUAGAGAUUCUAGAGCUGUCUGAAAAUGCAUUCAUUAGAACUCCGGAAAAUGUCAAUAUAUCGCUCUCGUCUCUGAAACAUUUGACAAAAGUGCUGCUGGGGGGUUAUGCGGUGGACUUAAAAUUACUGAUCAAUGUUACUUCGUUAAAAGAGCUACAUCUGAAAAAUCCACCAUAUUUUGACAUAGUCAAUAGCUGGUUGAAUACAAUCUGUGUUUGCCGAAACUUCAAAUACUUCACAUUAUUUACAGUAGCAUGGUUUUGA